UCAACACUAGUUUACGAACGCGAAAGAACGCCGUAAAAUGUCGUCGGAAGAUUUUUACUUGCGUUACUAUGUAGGACACAAGGGAAAGUUUGGCCACGAGUUUCUGGAGUUCGAGUUUCGUCCGGAUGGCAAACUGCGGUACGCCAACAAUUCGAACUACAAGAACGACACCAUGAUCCGGAAGGAGGCGUACGUGCACCAGUCGGUGAUGGAGGAGCUGAAGCGCAUCAUACUCGAUUCAGAAAUUAUGGCCGAGGACGAUUCCCUCUGGCCUCCGCCGGAUCGUGUCGGUCGGCAGGAGCUGGAAAUCGUCAUUGGUGACGAGCACAUUUCAUUCACUACCUCCAAAACGGGCUCGUUGGUGGACGUCAACCAAUCGAAGGACCCGGAAGGAUUGCGCGGAUUCUAUUAUCUGGUGCAGGAUCUCAAGUGUCUAGUGUUUUCGUUAAUUGGGCUUCACUUCAAAAUCAAACCAAUCUAAUCGAAUGCACGUUGGUUUGGAGAGAUUUAUUAUAUUUUAGACUCAACCCUCAUCCGGACCUGACGGCUUCCCCGUACAUAUAUUGGAUACAAGUUCCAAGCCCUUGUAAUAUUUAACAAUAAAAAACAUAUGAAGGACACU